UCUACACCGAACCGAAAACUCGGUUUUCGCGAGAAAAUAGGUUUUCGUCGAAAACCUAUACCGAAAACACAAGUUUUCCCAUACAUUUUUCGUAACCCACAAGUUUUCGUUUUCAACAAGUUUUUGAUAAAACCUCUCGAAAACCAGUUGAAAUUGACAGAUGAAGUAAACAAACUCACCUAAUGAACAAUUCAAAGCUUAUUGAAAUGAAAUGAAAACAUUCAAAUAUCAAUCAGACAUAAAAAAAACAUCUGACAGCUGACUCACGAGAAAAUUUACAGUUUUAAUUUCAAACUACAUAUUGUUAUUUGGUUAUGGGUAAUAAACUGGUAGGUAAUAUUUUUUAUCAAUCAUAAAACAUAGUAAAUAAUUGUACUUUUUCUUUCUAGAAAAUAGAAGAAGAGAUAAACAAAAAAGAACAAAAAAAAAGAACAAACCAAGGAAGUUAUGGUCCAUUCCCAAAGAGGAACUCCUCCUGGAGUUAUGGCCCGAUAAGGAGCCGGGAUUGCAUGGUGCAUGAAGAAAUCUCCACAUUUAAAAAAGAUAUGUCGGUAGCAUUUGAGGGUCGGCUAGUGGAGUACACUCCCGACGAAAUGAAGGUGAAGCUGCACAACCUCACAACGAAAUAUAACUGUGAAAAAAAGAAGAUUGGGCCGUCGGGUAGAUCACCAUCAGAAUGGUAUUUGUAUUCGAAGAUACAUUCCAUUCUCGGAGAGCAUCGCAUCCAUAAUCUUCAUUUGUAUAUGGAGGACAGCCGUCCCUCAGAUGAUAAUGACAUUUCAACGGACGCAAUUCCGGCUUCUGACGAGUUGAGGUCGAGAUCAAGGUCCAGGUCAAGAUAUUCCUCAUCCCAGUUGGACAUCAAUGACAAUCCAUCUGCGGAAUCCACUUCACCAAUCGCUACUUCUUCUACUUCUAGGCCGCGAGCUGAAAAGAAAAAAAAGUAAAAAAUAAUGAAUACAAAAGUGAUCCGCAGAUGGAUGAAUUUAUCAGAGAUUGCAAGCAAUGGGAGGAGAGGAACUUUGCGUUGGAAGAAGAAAAAGUAACUCUUUUUAAAGAUUUCCUUGAAGAGUCAAAAAAAAUUC